GUAUCUACGUCCGGGGCUGGCUGUCCAGACACCAAGACGAGUAUGGAGAAGGGCGCCGGAUACCCGGCUCAGAGCAGAGGAAAGGGCUAGGAUAUUGGCGUCUGGUCUUGAGCAAGGAGGCCCCACCCGCUCCUGGGUUCCCCGGACCUGCUUGUUUUCCUUCGCAACUGUCCGCCUGCCGCCAUGCUGCCCCUGCGCCUGUGCCGGCUGUGGCCCCGCAGUCCUCCCACCCGGUUCUUCGCAACUGCAGCCCGGCAGCGCUCUGGCCCCAGUAACUACUAUGAACUGUUGGGGGUGCAUCCUGGUGCCAGUACUGAAGAAGUUAAACGAGCUUUCUUCUCCAAGUCCAAAGAGCUGCAUCCUGACCGCGAUCCUGGGAACCCAGCCCUGCACAGCCGCUUUGUGGAGCUGAGUGAAGCAUACCAAGUGCUCAGCCAUGAGCAGAGCCGCCGCAGCUAUGACCACCAGCUCCGCUGGGCAACUUCCCCAAAGUCUCCAGGAACCACAGCUCAUGCCAGGUCUGCUCAUCAAACACACAGCAGCUCCUGGACACCCCCCAAUGCACAAUACUGGGCCCAGUUUCAUGGUGUGAGGCCUCAGGGACCAGAGUCAAGGCAGCAGCAGCACAAACACAACCAGCGGGUUCUGGGGUACUGCCUCAUGAUCAUGCUGGCAGGCAUGGUCCUGCACUACGUUGCCUUCAGGAAGCUGGAGCAGAUGCACCGUAGCUUCAUGGAUGAAAAGGAUCGAAUCAUCACAGCCAUCUACAAUGACGCUCGUGCCAGGGCCAGGGCCAACAGAGCCAGGCUCCAGCAGGAGCAACAGCAGAGACAGCAGCUACAGCCACCACCCGGGCCUCCUCAAGGCCCCAGGAUCGUGCCCUCCGGCCCUAGCCCCUGAGCCGCUCACCUGGAUGGGGCCUGCGGUGUGCUCCCUGCUUGCUUUCCUCCUGGGAUGCCCCACUCCCUAAAACGCAUGGAAUAAAGUGAUUCUUAGCGCUUU